GAUAUGCGAAUAGCUUUCGCAACGUUUGAUCACGAUGGAGAUGGCUUGAUCAGCACGUCGGAGACUCAGUUCACGAUGGCCUCCAUUGGAUUCAAACCAAAACCAGAAGAUGUUGCUCAAAUAUUCAAGGCAGUCGAUAAAAAUGGAGAUGGUUUUUUGAGUUUUGAAGAAUUUAAGGAAGCCAUGCUGAAUUACGAGGAGCUGACGGAGAAGAAGUUCAUGAAAGAAGCUUUCAAAAUAUUUGACAAAGAUAAGGAUGGCUUUCUAAGCGAAAAAGACCUGAGGUUCACCAUGUGGCACCUUGGAUUGGAAUUGAGUCAUGAGGAUGCGCAGGCGAUGCUGAAAGCACUUGGCAUCAAACCCGGGGAAAAGAUUUCCUUUGACGGUUGGCCAAUUUGUUCAACCGACGGCGACGAAUUCAUUUGUUUCGUCUGUUGUAUUGCGUGUGCGUGUGUAUGUGCAUAUGCAAGAGUACAUGGUUAA